AUAAGACUACAGUGAAUAUAAGGGGAAUUACUGGCGAAAGAGCUCUAGACCAGCUUAACACUGAACCCAUUACUUUUCCAAGAUCAGAAAAAUAUUAGACUAACAGGAACCAUUUCCCCGUCUUACUCAGAUAAGGAGUCAAGGUUUUAAUCUAUAGCUUUUAAUCUAGACUAAUUAGCUUCACCGUAAUAAGACAUACAGCCUGGCUGCGUAUAUUUAAGUACUUCUGUUAAUCUCUUUCCCUUUCUCCCUCUUUUAUUGAUUUAUUUUUCUGGAUAGCUUUGACAUUGUAAACCACGGACGAAUUGGAGCCUGGCAUUGAAAAGAGGUGUUCUGCAACGAUUUUUUUUUUUUUUUUUCUUGUCUAAAGAAGUUUACUUCUACAAGAGAGAAUCUGAAAAAUGACAGGGGCAAAGAGGAAAAAGAAAAGCAUGCUGUGGAGCAAGAUGCAUACCCCUCAUUGUGAAGACUUUAAACAGUGGUGUAGAAGGCGGCUACCUAUUCUGGAAUGGGCACCACAAUAUAAUCUGAGAGAAAACCUGGUUCCAGACACCAUGUCUGGGAUAAUGUUGGCAGUUCAACAGGUGACACAAGGGUUGGCCUUUGCUAUUCUCUCAUCUGUGCACCCCGUGUUCGGUUUAUAUGGGUCUCUGUUUCCUGCCAUCAUUUACGCCAUAUUUGGAAUGGGACGUCAUGUUGCCACAGGCACCUUCGCCUUGACAUCCUUAAUAUCAGCCAAUGCAGUGGAACGGCUUGUCCCUCUGAGCAGCCAGAACCUCACCACGCAGAGUAACACAAGCAUAGUGGGUUUAUCUGACUUUGAGAUGCAAAGGAUUGGUGUUGCUGCAGCCGUUUCCUUCUUGGGAGGUGUGAUUCAGGUGGCCAUGUUUGUGCUACAGCUGGGCAGUGCCACAUUCCUGCUUACAGAGCCUGUGAUCAGUGCCAUGACAACUGGAGCUGCCACCCACGUCGUGACUUCACAAGUCAAGUAUCUCUUGGGAAUAAAAAUGCCAUAUAUCUCUGGACCACUUGGAUUCUUUUACAUCUAUGCAUAUGUCUUUGAGAACAUCAAGUCUGUCCGACUGGAAGCACUGCUGUUAUCCUUGCUGAGCAUCGUGGUGCUUAUUCUGGUUAAAGAGCUGAAUGAACAGUUUAAAAGGAAAAUUAAAGUUGUUCUCCCUGUCGAUUUAGUUUUGAUUAUUGCUGCAUCAUUUGCUUGUUAUUGUACCAAUAUGGAAAUCACAUAUGGAUUAGAAGUAGUUGGUCAUAUUCCAAAAGGAAUCCCUCCACCUAGAGCUCCCCCAAUGAAUGUCCUCUCUGCAGUAAUCACUGAAGCUUUUGGAGUGGCACUUGUCGGCUAUGUGGCCUCCCUGGCUCUUGCUCAAGGAUCUGCCAAAAAAUACAAAUAUUCAGUUGAUGACAACCAGGAAUUUUUGGCCCACGGCCUCAGCAACGUGAUUCCUUCAUUUUUCUUCUGCAUACCAAGCGCCGCUGCCAUGGGAAGGACGGCUGGCCUGUACAGCACAGGGGCAAAGACGCAGGUGGCUUGUUUAAUAUCUUGCGUUCUUAUCCUGAUAGUCAUCUAUGCCAUAGGACCUUUGCUUUACUGGCUGCCCAUGUGUGUUCUCGCAAGUAUUAUUGUCGUGGGAUUGAAGGGAAUGCUAAUACAGUUUCGGGACUUAAAAAAAUACUGGAAUGUGGAUAAAAUUGAUUGGGGCAUCUGGGUCAGUACAUACGUAUUUACAAUAUGCUUUGCUGCCAACGUGGGGCUGUUGUUUGGUGUGGUCUGCACCAUAGCUAUCGUGAUUGGUCGCUUCCCAAGAGCAAAGACUCUGAGUAUAAAAAACAUGAAAGAAAUGGAAUUUAAAGUGAAGACAGAAACGGAUGGCGAAACUCUUCAGCAGGUGAAAAUUAUCUCAAUAAACAACCCACUUGUUUUCCUGAAUGCAAAGAAGUUUCAUGCUGAUCUAAUGAAUAUAAUCCAAAAGGAAAAUGCCAACAACCAGCUACUGGAUGAUAUCAGCAAGUGUGAACAAAACACGUUGCUCAAUUCUCUAUCCAAUGGCAACUGCAAUGAAGAAGCUUCACAGCCAUGCCCCAGUGAGAAAUGCUUUUUAAUCCUGGAUUGCAGUGGAGUAACCUUUUUUGACUAUUCUGGAGUCUCCAUGCUUGUUGAGGUUUACAUGGACUGUAAGAACAGGAGUGUGGAAAUAUCAUUAGCCCAUUGCACAGCUUCCUUGAUAAAAGCAAUGAAGUACUGUGGAAACCCAGACUCAGAGAAUCCAGUUUCUUUUGAAUCAGUAUCUGCCGCUUUAAGUAACAUCUAUUCAAAUAAGAAUUUGAGCAAACUCAGCGAUCACAGUGAAGUCUGAGACCCUGUUGCUACAGUACAGCUCUUGUCUUUAGCAACUGCCCUGAAGAGGCCAUACUCUGACAUUUUGCACACCCUUUUUUGUUGCUGAGAUCCUACAGAUGACCUCUACUAUAAAUACGAUGUGACUUAAUAACCGCAUAGCCACUGGUCAAGAUUCACCAGGAAAUUUCCUUAAUCUUUGUUAGUAAGUAGGUUAUCGUAGAGUUAUUUUGUAAAAAUUGGUAUGCAUUUAGUUUUUUCUGUACUGAGAGGCAAAUACAAAUUUAUUUCCUUUGCCACAGUAUUUUGUGUUGUUUUAUGUCUGUUUUGUUGUAAGUUAACUUGUAAAACUGAGAAAUACUUUGUCAUAAGAGAUUUAGAGCAUUUGCAAGCCAUUUGUAAAAACCCAGCAUCAUCUGUAACUAAUACAUAAAAACAACUUAGCUAAUGUGCCAUUUUCCCCUCCAAAAACAUAAAAAGGCCAUUAAACAUCAAUAAGAUUAAAUGUUUCUUUAUACAAUAUGAUAUGAAAUUCACAGAGAUGAAGUCAAACAAAAACAAAUGACAAACUAGAAUCCAUUGUUCUCCAUAUCUUUCCAUGAAAGGAAGUCUUCAGCAUUAUUUUCAAGAUAACUCGUAUCCCAAUGACCAAGUUCUUGAAAUUAGUCCGUUUUACUACGAAUAUUGGAAAUGCUUAGCCCAAAUUUCUGCAUUCCAACCCCAGAAAGUCUCUGUUUUACCUUAGGUUUUGUUGGAGCCAGAGCAUAUGGAAGUUGCAUAUUUUAUACUUUUUCACAAAUAUGAUUUUUAGAUGAGAAAAUAAAUACCACCAGUAGAAUAGCUUUGUCCUAUUCUAAUACAAUUAACUGUAGUAAUUUGGGACUUUCCUGUUUCAGAGAUACAAUCAAUAUAAUACAUUUAUCUCCUUCUGUCCAGAUAGAUAGAUAGAGAGGUCUCCAUAGGAUGUUUUUCUUUUGUUAGAGUAGGACUUGGAUAUGUGAUUAUCUGUAAAUCUACCAAAUCAGCAGGGUAAUUGACAAACACCACAGGCCAGGGUGACCUGAAUAAAUUAUCAUUUUCAUGCGUGUAUAUAUAUCUGCAAUCACAUACAAUUACAGAGGUUCAUAUUUUUAUCAGGUGAUUUGAUACACUUAUGAAGAAACUCAUUUUCGAAGAUAGGUCUAGGUAUAUAAUUAUGCUUACAUUUGAAAGUGUGGUAACUGUUCUUGAAAUUGCCAGUGUAACAAAGAGGCAGGCACUUUAAAGUGCAUUCAAAAAGUAGGGUGAAAACAAAAUUUAAAGACUGGCCAUUUGGGUAUUUUUGUGGGCAUCUGUAUGAAACUUCGACUCCCUGCCAAGUGAUGUAAUGGUCCCUAACAAAUGUGUGGUAAACGUUCACAUGGCCCUUAAUUUUCACAUUAAAUCAUAGGUAGCACAGUGCGUUAAAAUGAAAGGGAAUAAUAAAUGUUGUUAAUCUCAUAACUUACCCUACCAUUUCAAUUUCAGUUUUUUUGGUUGACAUGAACUAAAAAGAAAAGUCUUUGUCCCAAAGGAAGCCUCAAUCUUUUCAUCACUAAUUUGGAUCAAAAUGAGUGAGGCCAACCUUCAUUCUCAUCAAAUAUGGUUCCAAGAAAAAGAGGGGGUAAGAAUUAGAAGGAAAAUGUCCUUAGAGAAAGGAAUUUCACUCUGUUUUGUCCAUUUAAAUUAUCCCAAUGGUGGAUGGUGGCAGCUUUUACCAUCCGAAAUCCAUUGGUGUUGGCAUGUAAACAUAAGUCAAGGAAAGUUAAGAAAAGAAAAAAUAUUUUUGCUGUGUCUGAAUCAAUAUUUUGCUCUGUAGCUUUGGCCUAUAAUUAAAUUCAUGCACUGCAGGAAUUUUAUAAUUUGUUAGAGAUUAUGGACCAUGGAUGCCCUUCAAAUCAUUAUGGUUAAUCAAUGGGUGGUUUGUUCUAUUUUAUUGUUAAAGCUGACGCAAUACUGUCUGGGCAGGUGUAUUUGAAUGCAUUUCUAUGUUUAUACUAGAAGUUUAAUAGAUAAAACUUUAAAGCCAAUAACUUGAGUGUCAAAUGCUAAUAUUAUUUUUAAAGUAAAGGAAGACCAAACCAUACACCCUGUAAAGCUCUUUGUUCUAAGUCUUCUUCUGCAUCCCAAGGUCGCAAUGACCAUUAACAUGGAAGAAUUCCUUGCAAUUGAGUUCUGAGAGCCCAAAGUUGACUUUUAGUUUUAUACACACAAGAUUCUAAAAUAUACAUAUUUUAUGUAUUAUUUCAUAGCAAGCGUUAACAAAGGAACUAUAAAAUUAUCUUGAUGCUAGAAUGUUUCUAGUUGUGCUAAAUUAUUUUUAUGAGAUCACCUUAUUUUUAUAUAUGAUAAACUACUUCCAUAUUACUUAUUCUGGUAAAAUAAAAUUCGAAAAAAUUAAAACUGACCUAUAAGAGUGUUAAGGACCCAAUAGAGUGACAUAUAUAAAUUAAGCAUAAAAUAUGAAACCAGGAAAAGACCGUUAACAUUACAUUUAUGCAAAUUAAAUGCCCUUAAAUUUUACCAUUUAUCUUUCAUUUUAAAGGUUAUUUGCCCCCGAUUAUAUGAUUCAAGUGUUAUAAGGUCUAGCUUGAACUACUUUGCAAUAAUUUAUUUGACAGCUCUCUAUUCUAUAAAUGCGUAAUGUAAUGAGGAAAGAGAUCUUUCUUUUUUAAUGAAAACAUUAAUGUGUUAAUACCCUGUAUGGAUAAUGUUUGACAUUUAGUGGUUACCAAAAUAUAUUAGUAUGUUGUUGAACAUACAUAUGCCUUAGAAAUGCACGUUCUGUAUUCUGUGGGAGUUUGUUGCCAGAUUUCAAAUGAGUUCAGUGGUGCCUUCAUAAUCCAAAGAUUUUUAGUUAAAAAUCAUGUAGUCUAAUAUGCUGCACUUAUUUUUCUAUAUUUUUCAAUGCAUUUAAUCAUCUCUUUUAUAAUUCUUUGUACUAACUCAGCAUGUAACAACCAAUUUACAUGGAAAUAAAUUGAAAUAUGAUAACUAUU